AUGUCGCCGACAGAGAUGACCGGAGAGAGGAUUCCGACGACCGGAGAAAGGGCUUACGUGACGUUUUUGGCGGGAGACAAGGACUACUGGAUGGGAGUGGUGGGGCUGGCGAAGGGGCUGAGGAAGGCGAAGUCGGCGUACCCCCUCGUCGUGGCGGUGCUGCCGGACGUGCCGGAGGAGCACCGCCGAAUCCUGGUGGCUCAGGGAUGCAUCAUCCGUGAGAUACAGCCGGUUUACCCGCCGGAAAACCAGACCCAGUUCGCCAUGGCUUAUUACGUCAUCAACUACUCCAAGCUCCGAAUUUGGGAGUUCGUGGAGUACGAGAAGAUGAUAUACCUCGACGGAGACAUACAAGUGUUCGACAACAUCGACCACCUCUUCGACAAUCCCUCGGGAAACUUGUACGCCGUGAUGGACUGCUUCUGCGAGAAGACGUGGUCGCAUACUCCACAAUACCAGAUCGGAUUCUGCCAACAGUCGCCGGAAAAGGUGACGUGGCCGGCUGACCUCCUCGGCCCUCCGCCGCCUCGCUACUUCAACGCCGGCAUGCUCGUCUUCGAGCCCAACCUCGUCGUCUACAAUGACCUCCUCCGUACUCUCGCCGUCACCACUCCCACAUCUUUCGCAGAACAGGAUUUUCUGAACAUGUACUUCAAAGACAUUUACGAGCCGAUACCGUUGACUUACAACCUCGUACUCGCCAUGCUUUGGCGCCACCCCGAGCGCGUUGACCUUGACCAAGUCAAAGUCGUCCACUACUGUGCUGCAGGUUCGAAACCAUGGAGAUACACGGGAGAAGAAGACCACAUGGACCGUGACGACAUAAAGAUGUUGGUGAAGAAAUGGUGGGAAAUAUACGAAGACACCUCGUUGGACUACAAGAACUGUGUCGACGAGAUCGCCGUGUCGGAGACCGAGUCAAAGCUCAAUCCUCUCAUCGCCGCCUUGGCCCCCACUGAGUCAGACGGCGGCUGCCUCGCUCCCUCCGCCGCAUAAUCCGCCGGCCGGAGAAGUGGCUUUAAUUAAUAUAUAUCUAUUGCUACGAUCUCUUCCACUAUAUAUUAGCCAUGUGGAUGAGAUAUAAUCGUCGUGAGAAGCCAUAUGGGUCCCACUUUUUAUUUAGGUUCCUUUUUUUUCGAGUUUAAUGUAAUGUGAG